AUGGCUCUUAAACGUAUCCAAAAAGAGUUAACAGACCUUGGGAAUGACCCGCCAGCUAAUUGUUCAGCCGGCCCUGUUGGAGAUGACAUGUUCAAUUGGCAGGCGACCAUCAUGGGACCGCCAGAUUCUGCCUACACGGGCGGAGUCUUCUUUUUGAACAUUCAGUUCCCGUCUGACUACCCUUUCAAGCCUCCCAAAGUGGGCUUCACGACGAAGAUCUACCACUGCAACGUGAACGCCAAUGGAGCUAUUUGCCUCGACAUUCUGAAGGACCAGUGGAGCCCCGCGCUGACGAUCUCAAAAGUGCUGCUCUCCAUCUCCUCGCUCCUCACCGACCCGAACCCGAACGAUCCGCUGGUGCCAGAGAUCGCCCAGCUUUACCUGAAGGACCGCGCGAAGCACGAGGCGACGGCCAGGGAGUGGGUGUCGAAGUACGCCACGUGA